UUCAACAUCUACUUUGUAUUUGCUUUCCCUAAUUCUCUCUAAACUCUGCAUCUCCGAUCAGCAUCCAGCCACAUAAAAUCCGUUCUCCGGUGACCCAUCAAAGAAAAAACCCUUCUCCGGUGAUCUUAUUUCAAUGGAGACUCCAUUGUCAACAAGAAGAAUGACCAGGUCACAAGCAAGGGCACAGGCUCUGGCCCCCCUUAACAGCAGCACCAAGAACAUCAGCAACAACAGCGAGAAUAACGACAGUAACAUUCCUUUCUCAAGGAAGUUGGAAUCCGAAUCUGAGAGUGCCUUUUCAAAAUCAAGAACAAGAAGUUCGAAACAACCACAGCAACAGCAAGAUCGGUCUGCGCUAUUCGACAUAACCAACGACUCGCCGAUCAUUGGGCUUGCAAUGGAGAGUUUGGAAACCCCAUCUUCUGCCAUUGCGAAGCAGAAGAGCAACAGAGCCAGAGCUGCUCUGACCCCUGGAUCUGGAGAGGCCCUGCUUAGGGGUCAGGUUAAGACUCUGUUGCAGAGAGUGGAAGAAGAGGCUGACCUACCGAAGCUCUCCAUGGAGAGCCGUCCUUUUCUUCAUCUCAAAGGCCUUGUGAGCUCUCCAAUGGGUCUUCUUGCGCCAACUCCAGCGAAUACUCCACAGAUCUCAAAUCUAUCUGAAUCUGGAGAUGAAGUCAACAGCAAUGGAAUGGCCUCCAUCACACCCUCCUUACCAGUUAUUGAAGAACAACUGAAGAUCUGUCAGUUGGUCGCUCAUAUUUUUAAUGGAUCCAAGCCAGAAAGUCUUGAAUCUCAAAAGAGUCUAAACAGGUCGCUACUGUUGGAUUUCUCAGAGAAAUCUGAAAUCACAGACUCAUCAGACUCUUUUUCCUCUGUGGUAACUGACCAAGGAGGACUAGGAGGAGGAAGUGUUUGCAAAGACAAGUCAUCAUUCAUCGAUGAUGACAAUGCCUCUGUAUGGUCUAUUCAGGCCAAUGCAAGUAGCACUCGCGACGAAGAAGAGGAAGAAGUGAUUGAACAAGAAGAUGAUGAUGAAUUCUACUAUCAUGACGACAAUGAAGAAGAGGGGGAAGUGGAAGAAGAAGGAGAAGAUGGAGGGUUGCUUGAUGAACUGUGUGAAGGCAUAAGCAAGAUAAGUGUGAAUGACAAGGCAUUGCCGAAGUUCAGUGGAAAGCACACUAGGUUUGUGUACAACAGUGAUGAUGAUGAGAUUGUUGACUUAGUUGGUCUCUCCCCCAGUGUGCUUCGAUUGAAGGGAUUGCCAACACCUAAAGGAAAGCACUUGCGAUUUCCUAUGGAGGGAGAUGAUAACUGAAGAAGUUCUUCGAAGAAAGUUUGCUGGUGCUCUUUAUUUUUUUACAUGCAAUUGUUACUUGCUUGAAAACAUACCUUUAUGAUAUCUUCGGACUUGUGGGGGAGUCCCUUUUUAUUCAUGAAUGGAAGUCAAAAGCUGCUGCAAUCACAGACAAAUAAGUGGUUGACUUGAGCGUUACAAUAA